AUGAAUAGUAAUUGGAAUAAAAACCGAAUGCGUGGUGGUAAUAACAGAGGCCGUGGCUAUGGUCGAGGCAGAGGUUCUGGAGGGUUUUGGCCUCAAAGAGGUUUCCGUGGUUCGCGAGGUUAUCGUGGCGGAGGUGGCGAUAGAUCCAACUUCCAUGGUAACAAUUACAACCAUCAGUGGAAACCCCGGCCGAAACGUGAAGUACCUACAAAACGACUGUCGGAAAGAGAUAUCGGAGUCACCGAGUAUUUAAGUGAACAUGAAGGCUUUAAUGGAAUUAUUAAAUCCAGAUUUUCAGAUUUCCAAGUAUCUGAAAUUAGUGAGGAUGGGGAAGUAGCUAAAUUGACUGAUUUGUCGCCUCCCGAACCUCCUGCAGAUAGUGAGGUGUUAGAGGAUGAAGAUUUACUCACCAAGUACAACCUCGAGAUCCUGCCCAUGGAGACAUGGGAUAACAUCAAUAAAAUCUCAAUGGACACUAAUAAUUCUGCUGAGCCUGUUAAAAUAGAUGUGACAGGCAUGUCAAAGGAGGAUAGGACUAAGAUACACGAUACAGUCAAGAAGGCAUUUGGUGAGAGUAUUGUGGGCAGCACUGUUACUGAAAAUGAUAAGAAGUUUGUUGUCUUUGACAAGUAUAGGAAAGGAGUUCGCAUCGACACCCGAGUGAAGUGGGUGUGGUCGGGCGAGUACGUGCGCUUCGUGCUGUACAAGGAGAACUGCGACACCAUGGACGCCGCGCAGCGCCUCGCUGAGCGCCUGCGACUCAAUAUCCGUCCGUCAAUGGUGGGCUACGCGGGUACCAAGGACCGUCGCGCCAAGACGUCGCAGUGGUUCAGCCUGAGGAAGGUGGACCCGCGCAGGAUCGCCGCGGCUUGUAGGGAGCUGAGGGACAUCCGCGUCGGGAACUACCGCUUCAGCGACACCAACCUCAAGCUGGGCAUGCUGCAGGGGAACGUGUUCCGCAUCUGCCUUCGCAAUGUAACAGCCUCAGACGAGGUCAUCAAACAAGCGUGUGAGUUGUUACAAGAGAACGGGUUCAUCAACUACUAUGGACUGCAGAGGUUCGGCUCGCGGAUAGAGAUGCCUACCUACGAGGUGGGGAAGAGGCUGUUGCAAGGGAACUUGGAGGAGGCGAUAGAGGGUAUAUUAUCGGAGUUCGAAGGAGCUUUGGAGGCUUACCGUACUAAUGGACCCCAAGCUGCUCUGCCUUUCGUUCCCCGGUCAGUUCGGGCCUCGCGCUUGUUGGGAAUGUUAGUGCAGAGACCACGAGACCACCUCGCAGCUCUCGACCAGAUCCCCCGUAACGCUCGUCUCCUGUACAUCCACUCGUACCAGUCCCUGAUAUGGAACCUCGUGGUCUCAGAACGCUUGCGAAAGUUUCCUCGCAGUGCAGUGGCGGGCGAUCUCGUGCCCUUGGAGGAGAUUAACGAUGAUGAAAUCGAGGACGAAUCAGACGAUGAAGAAAAUCAAACAGAUCCUCAGACUGGAGACAAAUCCGACAACACCAAUACAAAUAAAACAGACGGUUCAAAAGCUGCAAAUAAAGUUAAAAAGGUUAUACCUGUGAAGGUUUUAACUCAAGAAGACAUUGAUAGUGGAAAUUAUACGUUAUCUGAUAUCGUGCUGCCUCUGCCCGGGAAUAGUGUCGUAUAUCCGCCCAAUAUGAAGGAUUACUAUCAAGAGUUACUUGAAAAAGAUGGACUGAAGAUGGAUUUGAGACACAAGUUCAAAAGCUAUCGCAUGUGUGGCGGCUACCGGCGCUGCGUGCUGCGCCCGCGCGAGCUGACGUGGUCGAGCGCGCGCUACGACGAGCCGCGCGCCGACCUGCUGCUGUCCGACCGCGACCGGCUCGAGGGCGUGGCGCGCACCGGGGCGGUGCCAGAUGGAAAAUACAAAGCUCUACUCCUCACGAUGUCCCUGCCUACAAGCUGUUACGCUACGAUGGCUCUCAGGGAACUACUCCGAGUAGACACGUCUAGUGACAGCCAGGCCCAACAAAAUAACUACCAUCAAAAUAACGGUAGCAAAGAAAACUUGGAUAAACAAAACGAUGACGCCAGUUCAGGAGUUAAGAGGAAGCCUGAUGGGGAUGUUAAUGAAGAUUGUGUAAAGAAAUCUAAGGAUAAUAAUGAUCAAUAAAUAAAUAAUAAUAUUAA